AUGGUGAACAACAAAACCAGAUUUUAUGAAUGCGGAACACAUUAUGGUAUCUACAUGCAAGGCGAUCCUCCAACAAAAGAAAAUGAAGUUGUUACACGCACAGCGUGUGUCAUUCCACACUGCACAACAAAAUAUACCAUUAAAGUCAAAAAAUGCAAUACUUUUACUGCUUACUAUUUACCAAGACCUACGUCAUGUGAUCAAGCAUAUUGUUUUGGAUUCGGAGUUAAUGGUAUUGCACCGAAUAAAACAACGGAAAAACCAUCCGUUGAACCUAAGCUUGUUAAGGUUAAAGGCAAAACAGUUGAUGACGAAAGUUAUCAGAAACUCGUCUUUCAAUGUAAGUUUAGGCCAAUCAGAGAUGAUGUCAAUAGAGUGCUUUAUAAGGUGUUCUGGUACAUCAACAAUCAUACUUCAACCAUUUUUGCCAGCAAAGCAGUUCCUGAAAGUUCAUUAUCAGAAACAUUUCUAGAGGGUAAAACAGGACUAAAUUCAAUCAAACUUGGUGUAGAGAUUUCCUGUAAGGUUCGUCUUUAUUAUGAUGCUCAAGGUCCACCAGGCCCAUCCUCUGAAAAAAGCCAACAUUUCUUUGCUGGAGUUCAGCCUUUGAAACGGUCCUACACAAUAAUAAGAGGAGACAAAAAAGAGUCGCACAUUGAAUUCAAGCUUACAGUGCCAUUUGGUUGUACGUUCUUCAGCCCCACGGAUACCGACCCUUUGCCGUGUUCCCUUUCUGUAGAGCUUACAACGCCUGAUUAUUUGAAAUGCAGUCAAGGAAUUUAUGCAGUUAAUAUGUGUGGGAAAACUGUGUCAAGUCUUACCUGGAAUCAGACGCAAAGUAUUGCGAUACACCAUAAAGACAACAACAAUUAUAGAACCGUUAAAACGUUUGAAGUUCAUCUGAAAACAAAAGUUAGAGAAAACGGUGGAACAUUUUGGGAUGCUGUUGAAGUACCAACGAUAUAUAUAAACGUCAUAGAAGGAUCUGAAAGAUGGAAAGGGUUAACAUGCGUUGCUGUUAGCGAUCCACACAUGACAAGUUUUGAAAAUAAACAUUAUGAUAGUCAAAACCCUGGAACCUAUACACUUUAUAGAAAUAUGGAUGAAGCAGGAAACGUAAACGAGAUCCAGAUGAAGGUCACAUCUUGUUUGCUUGUUAAAGGACACAUGAACCAGUGCGCUUGCGCAGUUGCAGUUAGGGCGGCAUCAGAUAUAUUUGUAAUAGACAGAUGUCCGAAAACAUCCCCAAGAAUAUUAGGAUUCCAAAGCUGUGUUGAGGACAUUUUACAUGUCAUUAAAAAUACCAAUGAUGAACAUCAAUAUGAGAUUCAUUUUCCCUCCAAAACAUAUAUGACAGUACGAUUUAGUACAAUGGGAGAUGCAGAUACACUCGAAUUAAAUGUAUAUCCGUCUCCAGCUGACGAAAACAGGUCUGAAGGUCUAUGUGGUACGGUUGGAAUUGGGGCAUUAAGAACGCCAGCCAAGGAGAAAUCAGCUGUAUCUAUAGACACAUUUACAUCCUCUUGGUUAGUUCCUGACGAGGACAACAUGCUCAAAAUGGAUAUUAAACAGUUGCAAUCCUUUCCAAGGACAAAGAAUUCUAGAGAUCUUUGUAUUUGUAAGCCAACAAAAAAAAGCGUCAAAGGUGAUAUUAUUGAUACCCUUACGUGCACAAAUGAAGACAAAGAAUUAAUAACAUGUGAGAAGGACAAUCGAAAACCAGUACAAAAGGAUAUUUGUUAUGAAAGACACAGCAGAAGGAAACGGUCUAUAGAUCGCUUAUUUACGUAUAUACCAAACAAUUAUGUUCACCCCAAAAGGAAACGAACAAAGAGAGCAGUUACUGUUGCAAUGACUGAACCUGAAGCAAGGUUAUGGUGCGAGAAUUACUUGAAUAAUUCCCCUGGAUUUGUAGCAUGCAAAAGUGUACCUAACAUGAACACUAAACAAUCAGUGGAAAUUUGUGUUUUGGAUAUUCUGGCUACGAAUUCAACAUUAUUUGCUAGCGCACCACGAGAAAGUCUGAAGACAUCUUGUUUAAAGGAACUCGAUCAAAAUGAAACUCUUAGAAACACUUCUGAAAAUGGAGAAAAUCUCGCAGAAAAGAUUUUCUCCUUAGCGUGUCCAAAUGAUUGCAGCGACAAUGGUAUUUGUAGAAAUGGUACCUGUAAUUGCAGUGAAGGAUUUGGAGCCGGAGAUUGUUCCAUCAAUCUUAAUGAUCCACCGGUGGUGUUUGCCGUCAACUACGAAACCGGAGGACUAUGUGAUAAGUUAUUUUGCAAAGUUGCUGUAGUUGAGGGAGAUCAGUUUUUAAAUAGACCGGAACUGACAUGCAAAAUGAAACGUUUUGAGAUGAAUAUGAAUGGCACAGCCUGGGAGUUAGAAACAACAUUAAUUCCUGGAGAUCACAACACAAUCGGUGAUAUUCGAUGUAAAUUUCCUCACUCUAUUUCCAAAAGAUCGGUUUCAAAGACAGCUUUCGUCACUGGAUACCACGUGUCUGUCAGUAACAACAAAAGAAAUUUCAGCGAUGUCCACCCAAUAUAUAUCUUGGAUUCCACUUGUCAAGACACUGUUAACGUUUCUGGUCAACUUCGGUUUGCUUUGAAGGCGGGGUUCUGUUUCAUUCAUGGUUCAUGCUUAGCGGAUGGAUUUCAAAAGGGAUGUUACGAAUGUGAUGUUCUUCGAAACACAUUUGAAUGGUCAUUUCGAGGAGAUGUGAAAGGCUGUAAAGUGGAGGAAGAGAAAUCAGAUUCGAAGCUGUGGAUUAUUGCAAUAUUUUUUGCCGUUUCUCUCCUAGUUGCUAUAACUUUACUGUUUCUUUAUGUAAAAAAGAAGAAGCAGAGAGUUAUUCAUGACAACAGCAUGUUGGCUGGACCAUCAUCAGACAUUCCAAAAUCUGUUAAAUAUAAUACAAAUUAUAAAUACUGA